CCCAAUCAACCCUUGUUUUUGCCCUUCAUCGCUUGUCACUCCCCUAGUUUCAAGCCUGGCUUAGUCUGUCUUCGAAUUAUCCAGAGCAAUCUGCAAUAAGCCUGAGUCAUCAUGAAGGCCCAAACAGCGGCAAUCAUUCUGUCGUUCUGCAGCUCUAUUCUCGCUGUUCCUGUCCACAACCCGAAUGCUAAACGGGCUGCUAUUCCGAGUGGCCAGCCCCAAUGGCCCGCCAGCCCUUUUGGGAGCGGGUUCCCCUUCACUGUUGGUUCCCACGGGACCAAGGAACAAGCUCCUGGCAGCAGCAGCAUAGCCACUCCUUCGGGCACCCCUUCUAGCGUCCCGUCGGGGGCUUUCCACGGAAUCUCACGGCCUGUCGCAACUCCCUUCCCUGACCAACAAGUCCAUGGACCCUUUUCUAUCAAUGCUCCGCCAGCCAAUGGGGCUGCUUCCAGGCCGACGGCAACCUCAGUGAGCGCUCCGGCCGGGCCAGUUGCUGGCGCUGGAAGACCUCAAAGCCAAUCUUCCCAGGGUUUCCCGUCAUACGGACAAAGCGAAGGCGCCCCACCUAGUGGCGGUCUUUCUGGAGGCCCGCCCUCACAGGGUACAGUCCCGAGCAGCCAAGACCCCGGUAGCAUUGACACGUCCUCUGCUUACGAAGACGGAUAUUAUGUGGGAUACACCCCAACUGGCCACUCGACUGUUCCUUCCAACAGCGAGCCUACUGGCAUCCCUGGAGGUCAGCAAUCUCAGGGCUACCCUCCGAGCGGACAGUAUCCUGGUGGUGAGUCCACCGGGUCACCUUUCGGAGGUCACUCUGAGGGCACAAGUGGCGAGUACCCUUAUGGCCAAUCUACUGGAGUUCCUUCAAAAGGAGGAUACGCUCCUAGUAACUCCCAGACUAGUGGGCAAUAUCCUAGCUCUGGCUCCGGAUCUGUGUACCCGGGUGAAGAAUCAACAGGACCAUUCGGCGGCAGCUACCCCAGUAAACAGUCGAGCGGACGACCCUCAACCAACGGCUACCCUAGCACUGGACACUCCACAAGCUCUUACCCCACCACUGGAUACUCCGAGGGCCCUUCGUCUGAAGCUUCCUACCCUUCAUCUGGACACUCCGCAGGAACUUAUCCUAGCUCUGGUCAAUUCGAGGGCCCCUCCCAAGGUACCUAUCCUUCCACUGGGAAAUCCACGGGCUCCUACCCUGGUUCAGGACUCUCUGGAGGUACUUCGGGCGCCAGCUAUCCUUCGUCUGAGCAUUCGACGGGCGGCUACCCUGUUUCGGGCUCUUCUCAGGGCCCUUCCAGUGGCGUUAGCUUCCCUUCCACCGGUCACUCCGCGAGCACCUACCCUGGAUCUGGGUAUUCGGAAGGCCCUGAGUCCGGAAGCACCUAUCCUUCCUCCGGACACUCCACUGGCAGCUUCCCCAGCUCUGGAUAUUCCGAGGGUCGUCCUUCCACCGGAGCUAGCUACCCUGCCACGGGUAGCUCCCAGGGCGGUUACCCCGGGGCUUCUCAGGGCGGGCACGGGUUCUAAAGAAUGAGAAAUGAGAAGGUAGUGGUAAAUUUGAGGUAGAAGCGAAUUCAGCGUUCGGUAAUAUAAUGUCAAUUUAGUUUAUGUUUUGUCAUGCAAUAAUGCGUGAUGG